AUGGCUGCCGACGCCGAAUCUAGCGGCAAUGGCCAUUAUCUCGAAUACCAUGAGCCCGGACCCGUCGAACUUCUGAUAUUAUUCUCUUUCUUCUUCUUCCUGGCCCUUGCAGAAUGGUUGUCGGACAAGAUCUUCAAAGCCGGGCUGAUUGGCCAAAUCCUGGUAGGCAUGCUUUAUGGAGUCCCUAUCGGCAACAUCAUGCCCGUUGGCUGGCAAGAGACGUUUGUGAGUCUUGGUUAUAUCGGCCUGAUAUUGAUCAUCUUCGAGGGCGGGCUCACGGUUCAUCUUGGCUUGCUCAAAGCGAACUUUUUCCUCAGCGCCGGUGCAGCUGCGAUUGGUAUCCUGGUGCCAUUCGGUCUCUGCUACGCUCUCCUCUAUGUGGGCUGGGGCUUCGGGGCCGUAGAAACCUUUAUCGUUGCCGCCGCCCUCUCCGUCACCAGUCUGGGUACCACGUUUGUCGUAAUUGCAAGCGCGGCGAAAGGCAUCGAUCUUCCGAAGACGAGGAUAGGCACAGUACUCAUUAGUGCUGCGGUCAUCAGUGAUGUCAGUGGGCUGGUCAUGGCCAGUGUUAUUCACAACCUCGGAUCUGCGGGCGAGGGUAGUAAUACAAGUGUUGGGUGGCUUGUGGGUAGGCCCGUGCUUGCGAGUAUAGCUAUGGGUGUACUCUCCCCACUCAUCGCCAAGUACCUCGCGAGUCCCAUCUUUCGCUUCUAUGUCGAGGACAAUUUCGCUCGUUACAAGCAUGUGUCCAAUAUCAUUUUGAUGGUCUCCAUUCUCUGCGGGUUCCUGAGCGUCGCCGGUUUCUCUGGAGCAUCACCACUCUACGGCGCGUUUUUGGCCGGUACUUUCCUGACCUCACUACCUUGUAUUCAUCCCCUUGCGCCGUUUUCGGUGCUCAACCGUGAGCAUGGCGAGACUGCUCCCGACAAAACACCGACCUUCGUCCACACGUUCGAGAAGUACUUCCUAGACGCCCGUCAGUACAUCCUGCAGCCUAUGUUCUUUGCCAGUGUCGGCUUCGCUAUCCCAUUUCGGCAGCUGUGGACCGGCGAGAUUAUUUGGAAAGGGAUCUUGUUUGCAGUCAUAAUGCUGUUUGGAAAGCUUAUUGUUGGCAUGAUUGUGCCGUUCUACGAGCUCAUUACUGUCCGCCCAGUGCCAAAGCUCCGCGCACUUACCACGUCGGGAUGGAAACCUAUCACCCUCCUCGGCGUCGCAAUGAUCGCUCGUGGUGAGAUCGGCUUGCUCAUAAUUCAGAUAGGUCUGAACCAGACGCCAUUCCUGUCCGAGAAGGCGUUCCUCAUCGCGACCUGGGCCACUAUUCUCAGCACCAUCAUCGGCCCUGUAAUAGUGGGGCUGCUGCUGAAGCGAUAUGGACGCGCAAUCAGUGCAGAUGCAACUUGGGGCGUGCAGAAGCUCGAUGAUCUUGAGGGUUGGACUACUGACGACGAGGAAGAGGAGAGAGGAGGAAGAUGGGCCAGUCGGCGCCAUUCGAGAAGCGUUAGUCGCGUGGCCAGCGAGAGAUCGCGUAGUCGGCGGCAGAGUCGCGCACAGAGCCGUGCACAAAGCCUGGAUCUUGGGCGGAGGGAGGGAGAUGAGUCCAAGGAGCAGAUGGCGGAAACAUCGGUGUCGGCGCCAAGAUCCCCACUGCCUGCUCACCGGAGUCCGAGUAAGAAGGACGGGCUUCGCGCGUUGGAGGAAGAUAUGGCAAAGGUGAAGAGCCAUGCGAGCUCCUCGAACGAGCAGGUAACGCCGGCCGUAGAGGAGAAGCUGUCGGCCCAGCAGCAGUGGGCAAGCAGAAGGGUGAUCACGUAUCAAGAAAUGCCUUCGAGGGGCAGGUCUCCGCUACCUCAGGUCGAGCUCCGCAAGGGAGCUGGUAGUGAGGGUGAAGACGAGAUGAAAGAGGAGCAACAAUUGGAGACCAGUGCUGCGGCUCGCGGGGCGCGAGAGUCUGGCCCCAGGACUUGA